AUGAAUUUGUAUGAUAAAGCUGAGAAAUAUUAUCAACGUCUAUUAAACGAUUUAUUAAUUACGAAUCCUACAUCGGACUAUAUAAUUGACUGUUAUUUAUGUCUAAAGGGAGUGGCAGAGAAACGCGGCGAUUACGAUAUAGCUUUAGCUUAUUGUUGUUUGUCUAUUGAACAAUCUACAAAUUAUUCACUAAAUUUGAUUCGAAGUUACAAAGAAAUGGGACUUGCUUAUCUGAAUGUGCAUUCCAAAUCUGAUGCACUUGAUUGUCAGUUUAAAGCAUUGACAAUUCAAGAACAGAUUAAUGAUGCAAAAGAGAGUAUUGCUGAUACAUGGUUGAAUAUUGGAUUAAUAUAUAGCGUGCAAUUACGUCCAGAAAAUGAUUUAGCUUUAGAAUAUUUUUUUAAAGCACUUGAUACAUUUAAAGAACUGCAAAUCCAUGAUGAUAUAGCUCCAUGA